CGCCUUGUCAUUUUCAUUGGUUGGUCAUAGAUUAAAAUUAUAAUAAUCUACCAAUAAUCGGGCCAUCGCUCAAGUCUCGUUCUGUGAUAAGUCUUCUUUAAAGGUGGUAGUGGACUGUCUGAUGUGCAUUUAAAGUGUUAUAAAAUAAAUAUACAACAUGAUUAUCAAGGAAUACCGUGUGACACUCCCCUUAACAGUCGAGGAGUAUCAAGUGGGCCAGUUAUACUGCGUCGCAGAAGUCUCCAAAAACGAAACUGGCGGCGGUGAAGGAAUUGAAGUUAUUAAGAAUGAGCCCUUCAAAGAUUAUCCUCUACUCGGUGGCAAAUUCUCGUCGGGCCAGUACACAUACAAGAUCUACCACUUGGCCUCGAAGGUGCCCGCCUUCAUCAGAUUGUUGGCGCCCAAAGGCUCCUUGGAGGUGCACGAAGAAGCGUGGAACGCGUACCCGUACUGCCGGACUGUGCUCACGAAUCCCGGCUACAUGAAGGAGAACUUCGUCAUUUGCAUAGAGUCAUUGCAUUUACCAGACGCCGGCGAUCAGUACAAUGUACACGAGCUGUCGCCUGAGAAACUAAAGAACCGCGAGGUGGUCCACAUAGACAUCGCGAAUGACCCCCUGUCCUCUGCUGACUACAAACCAGAGACCGACCCCACCAAGUUUAAGUCCACCAAGACGGGCCGCGGACCCCUAGUGGGCCCCACAUGGAAGAACGAUGUCAAACCAGUCAUGACGUGCUACAAGCUCGUCACUGCUGAGUUCAAGUGGUUUGGACUCCAGAGUAAAGUAGAAAAUGUGAUCCAGAAGUCGGAGCGGCGGUUGUUCACCAUAUUCCAUAGACAAGUGUUCUGCUCAAUCGACGACUGGUUCGGCAUGACCAUGGCGGACAUCCGCGCCAUCGAGGACCGCACCAAGGAGGAGCUCGAGAAACUGCGUCGCCAGGGGGAGGUCCGCGGCAUGCGAGCUGACAACGAGUAGGGGACAACGCCCUCACACACAUAACUUGAAUUAUAAAUUCAUUUCGGUAUUAGACUUAUUAUCAAUGUUAGACGUUUGACUCAAGGGGUUAUUUCACGCGAAAACAAUAAUGUUUUGUCCAUUAUAGUAUAAUGUAGCUCAGUCGAGAAUGUAUUGAUUGCGUGGUCAUACCUGCAGAGAUCCCACUCUGCCCGAGCUCGAGAUUGCAUAGUGUUACCAUCAACAAAUACCACAGGACAUAGAGUAUGUAGCAUUUUUGAGAUUUUAUUGUUUUCUAUGGAGUAACAUAGUUUGCAUUUGUAUUUUUAUAUUUUGAAAUAUCAUAAGUUGAACGUGUUAGAGCACAGUACAUGUAACGAGUACAGACCCACUACCGCUUUGUUCAUGGUAACACUACCACAACUGCAGGCAGUUGUACCAAUGCGGCGAUGUUAUUGUAUGAUGACUCUCACUCUAUCUUAACGCUUAAUUAAAUAAAUCAAUGAAUUGUAUGACAGUAGAGAUUGCCCGCCACGCAUUGACCAGCGAUCUCAGGUGAAGCGAGGGCAUAGAUUACCAUUAGAAAAAUGAUAUAAUAUGGUAUAGAUAAUAUUUAAUAAGUCGAUGUAGUCAAUGGUUAACAGGUAGUGUUGUCGUUACCUAAUUAAAUAAUUAAUAAAAGAAAUAUAUAAAUAUUGUAAUUGAAUUCGUCAUCUAGAUUGCAACGAGACCGGUGUAACAGCUAGAGAUAUUUAUUGUUCUGUUACGCGCUCGUCGCUCGUCUGUUGUGUGUGGUCAGUCUGUGCUACACACCGCCAUAGUUCGCGAUAACACCGCAUUACUUCAGUAGUCCCGGCACAGCAGAAAUUGUUCAGUGCAAUAUGUUGUACACUAAAUAUAUAUAUGACAGGCCUCCGGUAGUGGUGAGAGAGGGUGUUGCAAGGUGAAUGUAAUCUAGGGUGCGGUAUGGGAUUAUUUUUUAUUAUGGUAACCUUGUUAACUUAUUUAUUGGGGUGGGUUCAGGUUGCAACAUCCUCGGCUAGUGAAUUUUCAUUAUAUUUUGUAUGAAUAAGUUUUUGUUGUUUAACAAAUCAGUAUUUUUAUGAAUUGUGUGACAUUCCAGUUUGUACCGACGGUGACGUUGCUAUCGUUUGCUACUUAAUCUUUGUUCGCUCUCUUGUGUUCACGCAAUGUGCGGCCAGUGCACGUGUUACUAUUGAAUCAGUACAAUUUGAAAUUAUUUCGUGGAUCUUGGAUGAUGUCUCUGAGCCAGCCAGCCCGUCGCCGGGAGCUGUGGACGAGGAGAUUUCUUUCUUACUGCACUUCUUUUUUUAAUUAAGUUUUUUACUUAUGUUGUAAUAAGUUUUACAUCAAAUACAGCGUGAUAAUAUAUUUGCGAGUAGUCGUUUUUAUUUGUAUCGAUAGUAAAUGGUUGGCCACCCGCUUGUCCCAGCGCUUGCAGCCCGAGUCCCGACCCGGCACUCGCCACCCUGUACUAUACUAGACGCUUCGCUUGGAUGUUGUUAAAGCUUAUUUGUUGCAGUUACCAAAUAAAGUUAAGUACACAAGUGAUUUUAUUUUAUUUCACUCGCCAGGUCCCGGUGCAUGUACUAUAUAAAUUGUUUAAGCUUGCCACUCGCUCGACACUAGUACUUUAUGGAAAUUUCAUCGAUGCAUAGUUAUCUAUAGUUCGCU